AUGAAACUAGAAGAUUCUCCAGCAUCAGCAAUGACACCAACGAAUAGUUCGCCUAAAUUACUUCCCAAACAGCAAAUAAAUAAUAAAUUAAAUAGACAAUCAUCUACAGUUAGUACAAUACAGCGACGAAAUCAAUAUAUGGCAUAUCAACGUCGUCAAAAUAUAGCAGUAACAAGUAAUGAUUUUCUAAAUCAACAUACACCAUCAAAACAUACUGUACCACUUCUAUUUGGUGCAAUGAAUGAAUUUUUUGAUGCAACGAAAAUUAUGGAAGAUGAAAUAAUGUUACCAUCAAGACUCAAAGAUAUGCCUGUUGAUGAAAUUGUUCUCGAUAAUUCAGUUCAACCAAAUAAUUGGCAUGAAUUAUAUACUUUUGUUCGCGAUGUACGAAAUCAAUUAACACGAUCACGUCCAUUUAUUGAUGAAGACGAUGAUAAUAAUAAUAAUAAUACUCCUUACGCUCGACAAGAAACUAAAGAUUCAAAUGAUGAUGAAGGAAUAUUACUUGUUAGUCAUGAUAACACUCAACAUUCAUCAACAUCAUCAAUAGUAUCAUCCGAUGAAUUAGAAAAUAGUAUAACAUCAUCAACUGCUGCAUCAUUUGAUACAAUUAAAGAUGAACUUAAAUAUCACUUCUUUGGACUUAUAGGAUCACUCGAUAAUUUAAAAUCAAUGGCAAAUAGAGUUACUGAAAAAUAUCGAGAAGAUUCAACAUUUAAAAUCUAA